UGAGAAUAACUGCGUGACCUUUUCAUCCUAGAAAUGGUUGAAUCAAUGAAGAAAGUGGCUGGAAUGGAUGUGGAGUUGACAGUGGAAGAAAGAAACCUGCUUUCUGUUGCAUAUAAAAACGUGAUUGGAGCCAGAAGAGCUUCCUGGAGAAUAAUCAGCAGCAUUGAACAGAAAGAAGAAAACAAAGGAGGAGAAGAUAAAUUAAAAAUGAUUCGGGAAUAUCGGCAAAUGGUUGAGACUGAACUGAAGUUAAUCUGUUGUGACAUUCUGGAUGUACUGGACAAACACCUCAUUCCAGCAGCUAACACUGGCGAGUCCAAGGUUUUCUAUUACAAAAUGAAGGGGGACUACCAUAGGUAUCUGGCUGAGUUUGCCACAGGGAAUGACAGGAAGGAGGCUGCAGAGAACAGCUUGGUGGCUUACAAGGCUGCUAGUGAUAUUGCAAUGACAGAACUCCCACCAACACAUCCUAUCCGCCUAGGACUUGCCCUCAACUUCUCUGUAUUCUACUAUGAAAUUCUUAAUUCUCCUGAUCGUGCCUGCAGGUUGGCGAAAGCAGCUUUUGAUGAUGCUAUUGCAGAACUGGAUACGCUGAGUGAAGAAAGCUAUAAGGACUCUACACUUAUCAUGCAGUUGUUACGUGAUAACCUGACACUAUGGACUUCAGACAUGCAGGGUGAUGAUUCCUAAAGGAAAGUCCAACUGUUCUUUUCCUAAAAAGUCUACUUUGUGAAGAACAGAAUAAAGAAGCGCUGCAGGAUGUGGAAGAUGAAAACCAGUGAGACACAAAGGCCAACAAGAGAACCCAUCUCUGACCACCCUUCCCCCUCCCCACAAAAACCCUCAGUGUCACUCUGAGAACCACCAAAUCUGACUUUUACAUUGGGUCUCAGAAUUUAGGUUCCUGCCCUGUUGGGUUUCUUUAUUUUUAUUUUUUUUUACACAGUUUAAAAGUUCUUAAAGGCAAGAGUGAAUUUCUGUGGAUUUUACUGGUGCCAGCUUUUAGGUUCUUUAAGACACUAACAGGACUGCAUAAAGGCUUUUCAGCAUUACUGUGUUGUCUCCUGCCAGCCGUGGUGAUGGCCAUUAGAAGUGGAUGUGACACCUGGAGGCUGUUAGACUUGUAGGGGAGAGAUUCCUUAUCACGAGGUAGCAUGCAUGUGGUGGCAUUUUUCUUUUUUUAUAAUUGUUUAAACUGAAUUUUAUACCAAUGUUUAAAAUUAAUUGGAUGUUUAGCUUGAAGUUACAGGUUGCAUUGGGAUGUAUAUUGUAGUGGGGUUACUGUAAUAAAAAAAAAAAGGAAAAAAAAUCCUUCCAAACUGCUGAAAUGUUGCUGAAAAACAUGGUGCUGGUAACAGUUCAACAAUCCGUGGCUGCUCAUUCUUGCCUACUCUUUACUUUUCCUCAAAGCAGGUUAGCAUUGAAGGUGGCAUUGAUAAGCCUGCAUGCGUGUUCAAUAUUUUUUCUUUUCUCCCUCCCCCCUCCCCAUCUCCCUUCGCUCGCUCAACCUCUUUUGUUCAGUAUGUGUAACUUGAAGCUAAUUUGUACUACUGGAUAUCUGACUGGAGCCACAGAUACAGAAUCUGUAUUGUUCUUACUGAAACACAGCAUGGAAUUAACAUUAAACUUAAAUAAAACAAACCUAAAUUAAAAAUGCCAAA